CUUGUACAAAUACCUAUUUUGAGGAUCGUUUUCCAGUGGUUUUGAAUCUUGUAAAGUAAAGCAAAAGUAUUAAAAGAAAAACAAUCUCCGAUUUUGGCAAAUGCAUAUCUGUUGAGCACAAAAUGAGGACCCGAAGUAACUCGGGCGUCCGUUUGGAUUACUACCAAAGGAUCAUACACAAGUUAAUUUUAGAUCAUCAGCAACCAGUUACUGGCUUGUUCCCUGCUAGUCCUCAAAACGACCAUGCCUGGAUUAGAGAUAACCUGUACUGUAUAUUAGCAGUAUGGGGACUGUCGAUGGCGUUCAAGAAAAUUGCCGACCAAGAUGAGGAUCGUGCUAAAACAUAUGAGUUAGAGCAGAGCUGUGUGAAGCUUAUGAGAGGCUUACUCAUGGCUAUGAUGCAGCAAAAAGAUAAAGUAGAGAAAUUCAAAACAACACAACAUUCAUUAGACUCUCUUCAUGCUAAGUACUCAUCAACAACUGGACAGAUUGUUGUUAAAGACAAUGAAUGGGGCCAUUUGCAGAUUGAUGCCAUUUCUUUGUAUUUACUCAUACUUGCACAGAUGACUGCUUCAGGACUACAGAUUGUAUUUUCAUUAGAUGAAGUGGCUUUCAUUCAAAACUUAGUUUUCUACAUUGAGUCUGCAUAUUGCACACCAGACUAUGGCAUCUGGGAGAGGGGUGACAAAACAAAUCAUGGUUUGCCAGAGCUAAAUGCUAGUUCUAUUGGGAUGGCCAAAGCUGCUCUUGAGGCCAUGAACGAACUUGAUUUAUUUGGAGCUCGUGGAGGUCCUUCCAGCGUGAUUCAUGUGUUAGCGGAUGAAGCUCAAAAAUGUCAGGCAGUACUUCAGUCAAUGCUACCUCGAGAAUCAAAUAGUAAAGAAUUAGAUUCAGGCUUACUGUCUAUUAUUAGCUAUCCUGCAUUUGCUGUUGAUGAUCCACAAUUGAUAGCGAAAACCAGAGAUGCUAUUAUAACAAAGCUGCAGGGAAAGUAUGGAUGUAAAAGAUUUUUACGAGAUGGUCACAAAACCCCAAGAGAAGAUCCCAACAGGCUAUACUAUGAACCAUGGGAGUUGAGGAUGUUUGAAAACAUUGAAUGUGAAUGGCCUCUUUUCUUUUGCUAUCUCAUUCUCGAUUACUGUUUCCAAGGAGACAAAAUAAAUGGAGGGGAAUAUAUGCAAAAAUUAGAAAAGAUUAUGAUAAGGAAAGAUGAUGGGAUAAGGCUUGUACCUGAGUUAUAUUCAGUUCCUGCAGAUAAAGCUGACUUAGAGCAGAGUGAACCUGGGACUCAAGAGAGGAUUCCUCUUGGCAGAUGUCCGUUUAUUUGGGCUCAAUCUCUAUACAUACUCGGAAAACUAUUACAAGAAGGGUUUUUGGCUGUUGGUGAAUUAGAUCCCUUAAAUAGAAGAUUAUGUUCAGAAAAGAAACCAGAUGUGGUUGUACAGAUAGUUAUACUUGCCGAAGAUAAUGACAUAAGGGACAAACUGCUUGAGUAUGACUUGCACGUUCAAACUAUUAGUGAAGUGGCACCUAUCGAAGUUCAACCAGCUAGAGUUUUGAGCCAUCUAUAUACAUAUUUGGGUAGAAACAAAAAGCUUGGUCUGUCUGGAAGAAAAUCACGUGAUGUUGGCAUUCUUAGUACAAGCAAAUUGUAUUCUUUGAAUGACAGAAUAUUUGCCUUUACACCCCAGAACUUCGACUACGAGGAAUACUACAUGUCUCGCGACCCCGCUCUGCUCGCGAGCACGUUCAUGGCGAACGUCGCCUUCCUCGGGAUGAGCUGGAAGCAGAUGCUGGGUCGCCCGACCAUCACAUUGCUAGCCACGCAGUACCUCUUAGAUCAAGGCAGAAUCCCGAUGGCGAUGAUAACGACAAUGAAAAAACUGAAGUCAGGUUAUAUAAACGGCACCAGAGUAACUCUUGGUAAUCUAGGAGAGUUUCUGAGCACGUCCGCCAUUACGAACUUGAGUUUUCUGGGAAGUCAAGAAGAGGGGUACCCGGAUAAACUAAAUCCUCAAGUUCAAUGCUAUUUAGAAGAACACUUAUUAAAGUCAUUCAGUAAUAAGAUGAGCGUUUUACAACGCGUCCCCGGCGCUAAGCACGGCCGAGCUCUACGGCGACGCAUGUCAGUCAGGGGAGCUAUAAAAAAAACGCGUUCUAUUAAUGUUGAUUCUGACACACUGGGUAUGGAAGGUGAAUACGUGGGCCCGCUGUUGGAACGCAAGCCGUCCUUGCUUGAAGUUGACCCCACCCACGCCGGCCGCAGUCCCUCACCCGAAGAAGCCAAAAAGAAAGUUUUCACUAAGGGUACGUCGACUACAAACUUGGGGGUGGCGCCACCUACAAUCGAAAUCACCAAAGACCAAACUUCAUCUCCACCUAAAGAAGUCGUGAACAAGUCGCCUCCGGUCCUACGCAACCGGACCGUAUCGGAGUCUCAGAGCGUGGUGUACGCCGAACAAGAAACGGACGAGUUGUUGGCGAUGCUCCGUGAAACCGAGAGUCUCGACGAGCAAGGGGACAUACUGCAGUAUCUGGUCGACACGCACGGCUUAGAUUUUAAUACCGAUAUGCUAGAAAACGGUAAGGUGGUGACAGUGAAGGACCUACUGAAGGUACUGUACGAGAAGGCGUGCACUCAAAAGCUGUGGGGCCUGGUCCGGCACACGGCCGGGAUGCUGGGCAAGAGAGUCGAGGAUCUCGCUAAAGCCGUGACUGAUUUGCUGGUCAGACAGAAGCAGAUCACCGUGGGCAUGCCGCCGAACAACGAGCACACUAUAACAGCGCCGCUACCCGAAAAUGAACUCAGACAACUCAUACAUUUGUCCUUCAGCCGUGAUAAACACGGGAGCGAACAAAUAAAGGCUUAUGGCGACGAUGAGAGCACAGCGAUGUUGACGCAAGAACUACUCGUGUACUUAGCGAUGUUUAUAAGGACCGAACCGCAACUGUUCUUGGAGAUGUUACGUCUUAGGGUCGGCCUUAUUAUACAGGUCAUGGCCACGGAGCUAUCGAGGACGCUGUCUUGCGACGGAGAAGAAGCAUCCGAACAUCUCCUGAACUUAUCACCGUUUGAGAUGAAAAACCUUCUAUAUCACAUACUGAGCGGAAAGGAGUUUGCCAUAAACAGUGCUAAUUCUCUGUAUUUAAUAAAGGAAAAGAUCGGUAAAAAUAAAGUCGGCCGCGGAAACUUCUCGAUUGUGAGCAACAAGUCCAAUCGCUACGGAAAAAAAUCUCAGAUUGUUCUUGAAGGGCAAUCACUUCAAGGCAGUAUCGAUGAGACGCCAAUGGUUGAGCCGGAUCGUCAAGGCCAGUGGUUACGUCGACGCCGACUGGACGGCGCCCUCAAUCGCGUACCGCGCGACUUCUACCCCCGGGUUUGGGGUGUUUUGGAAAAGUGUCAAGGCCUCAUAAUCCAGGGGAAGAUUCUGCAACCGCAUUUAACGCAAGAAAUGACUCCCGGUGAACUGAAGUUUGCGCUGGCCGUCGAGACCGUGUUGAAUUCCAUACCGCAGCCGGAGUACCGACAGUUGGUCGUGGAGGCUCUGAUGGUGCUCACUUUAGUCGUGGAGUACAAGGCGGUGGCGCAUCUUGGCGAAGCGAUCGAAGUCGAACUAUUAGUGCACAAAGCUAAUCAAAUAUUCUUGGAGGAUCAGGGUCUGUGCAACGGCGACGCGACGCUGUGCUGCGCGAAGGGCGCGGAGAGGGGGGCGGCGCUGGUGUGCGGCGGCGCGGCGGCCGUGUGCCAGCACCUGUACGACAGCGCGCCCAGCGGCUCCUACGGCACCAUGACGUACCUCGCGCGCGCCACCGCCGCGCUGCUGGCCGCCCGCCGGCCGCCCGGCGCGCCCGACGCCGCGCUCGACUGCACCAUCACGUGACCGCGCCGCACACGUCCAACUGCCGCUUAGAUAAUAUUAUACCGUUGUGGCGACUUACUUAUCCGCCGCACUUGGGCAACCGCCUUACAAUUCGACAAAAUCGCUGUCGCUUGUGAUUUUAGGCCAUCAUCCAUUAUUGUUGCCUAUACUAAUAUUAUAAAUAGGAAAGAUUUGUUUGUUUGUAUUGAAUAGGCUCCGAAACUACUGUACCGAUUUGAA